AUGUCUGGACCAAAACUGAAUAAAGCUCUCUAUAGUAAUAUCAGUAGAUUGAAACUAUGUAAUACACCUGACGCACCAGUAAAAUUUAUAGUUGAUGAAACACCAUUCGACAAGGUUGAUGAUGAUGAUGAGGAUAUGUCGGGUGAUGCUACAAAAGCAACUGAAUAUUUAGUUAUUGGACGUAUAUUACCAGACUCUGACAUAUAUAAAGAACGUGCAUAUCAGAUUGAAAUGAAACUAACGCGAACGUUUCCAUUAGAUCCACCUGACGUUCGUUUUCUUACACCAAUUUAUCAUCCUAAUGUAGCAAAAGAUGGUAAAUUCUGUCAUGAGUUAUUGAAAAAGACGUGCCAGUGGACACCAGCUACAUCUUUGGUCGAUGUUGUUAAAGCUGUUGUACAUCAAAUUGAUCAUCCUGAUCUUGACUAUUCAUCUAGUUAUGAAUUAGGCAGACAAUACAAGGAAGAUCCUGCUGAAUUUAAACGUAAAGCAACAGAAUAUGUCACGAAACAUGGCUUAUCACGAGUUUAA